UUUUUCCUCACAAUAAUUCGGUUAAAUCUUUAAAAAGUAUUCUAUUUCUUUUAUUAUUAUGUAAUAUUACUGUUGAUGGAAACCGCACUUUAUAUUCUAGCAGUAGAAAUGAUUUUUAUAAGAGUUUCGAUGUGAGCUCAAGUUAUGAUGGUAGUCUCAUUAUCAAAGUUUUAGAUGAACAGAACAGAAGCAAAGCCAUUCAUGCGCUCUUACAAAAUGGUUCUACAGUAUACAUUGACCUUGGUUUUGUAAAUAAAGAUAUCGGACGUAUAUUUCCUUUAAACAAAAAGUUUUUUUUUCUGCUUUACGAUGGUGAUGAAAAGCAGGCUACCGGAAUAGUAAUAGAUUGGGAUAAAAAUAUUGUAAAAGAUAGUAUUUUUGUAGCAAAUGGAACUGUUGCGAAUUCGAGUGUAAAUGUUGUUCCGGAUAUACGAUUAACAUCCUUCUUAGUUUAUAGUCAAAAUAAUAAAGUGAUUAAUUGGAUUGCCUGUAAUUUACCAAAACAAGGUGAUUCAAAUAUAGAUACAAUAACCAAUGGCUCUUUUACACUUCCGGAUAAUUCAUUCCUCCGAUCUGUAUUUCCGAAUAUUGAUGGCAGCUAUGGCUUUAUUAUAACAGAAAUAUUAUACGACAAUAAUAACAUUUUAAAUAUAUCAAUGCCAAACUUAUUUAUAUAUUAUAAGUUUAUAAUCCCAACGACUCAUCAAAUGUCUGAAAACUUUUUACUUUAUUAUGCUAGAAAUAUUAGUAAUAUGUUACAUAUUUCAUGUUCGUCAAGCUAUAGUGAAAAUGGAAAUGUAUGCAUGAUGACCAACUUAGUUGAGAAUGUUCAAAACAAUUCACUGUUUGUGACUUAUCAAAUCGACUUUUUAUCAUCUGGGUCUGUAAUUAGGUUACAAUCACAUAGUAUUCAAUCAGUAAAUACUGGACUUAAUACUUAUAAUAGUUCAGUGUUUGAUAUCCAUCCUUUAUUUUAUGGUGGAUCAAUUGUGACUAGUUGGAUCGUUGGAAACAACAAUACUAAUGGUAUUACAAGUCAAAAAAGAGAUACUACUACUUUUGCUGCUCCUAUUAAUAUUAAUAAUGAAGGUGUUCCUAUAUCUUUAUUUAUAUCACACAUGACUGCGAAAAUUAUUUCACCCAACGGCAGUGAAGUCAACUGGGACUUAGAUAAUAUUGGUACAACCAGAGAUACUAGGUUUAUUGUAAUGAGAAAUAAUACUUGCAUAUUGGUCGCAAUAUAUGAACCAAAUCGAUGGGAUAUUUUUAGUACGAAUUUGCCUAAAUUUAGAGAAGACCUUGGCUAUGAAAAUCCAAAUAUUAUUUCAACAUAUCCCAAUAUUAGUGAUAUCAUAUCACCAUUUAUUGAUUCUUUCUGGAUCGUUUUCUCAAACCGAAUUUCUAAAUCUUUAAAUAAUAUUACUGUAUAUCAAACUGAUACAAUUACAAACUUAUUUAAACCAAGAAAAUUAUUUUCUAGAAAUUCAGAAAGUUGUAACAUUUUAAAUAAUAGACUUUCAUGUAAUGUCUCAUCAAGUAUUUUCAACCAAUGGAAUUCAACAUAUAUGAUUGCAAUGGACAACAAUUUUGUAAAAUUUUCCUCAACUAAUGAGCCUAUUAUUGGCAUUGAAGAAGACAAAUGGAUAAUUACAACUAUUCCAAGGCCAACGCCUGAAAUGUAUUCAGAUUCAGCUAUAGGAAUUCUACGUUUAACUCCCGAUGGUACUAAAAAGCUUUUACUAUCAGAUAGAUCAGAAUUUUUUAAACAUUUCCAACAAGAACUUAUUGAAAGCAUUCCUACAAGUUCUGAAAGGAUACGAUUAACAAAUCAAAUCCAAUAUGAUCCUUCAGUACCAUCACAAUAUUUGGUACAAAUUGAAAUAGUAUCAACUAAAGAUCCUUAUCAAGACACUGUUUCUCAAAUUAUUAAGUAUCUUACAGAAUUAAUAAAGGACAAAGAUACGAUUAUAUAUAUGAAUAAUCAUACAAAAUAUUUAGAUUCAUCGUUUGGUCUUGUAAUAAACUUAAAUUUGUGGGAUGAAAUCAAGUUAAAAUUACUUGGAUUAUUAAUUGGAAUUAUAAUCUUGACUGCAAUAACUUUAUGGGCACAUUAUAAGAGUCCAGAGAAAAUGGAAAGGAUGUUCCAUGGCUAUAUAUUCCCAGGAGCAGAUGUUGCGUUAUUUGAAUUUUUGACAUCAAAAUUUGCUGGUCUUGAAAUCUUCAAUACACCAUUCUCCAAUAUUACUAUAAAUUGGAUAUAUUGGGCAACUAUAAUUAACACUUUAAUUGAAGACAUUCCGCAACUUGUUGUACAGCGACCGUUUCUUCAACGUCCUCAAGAAUUCCAUGUUAUCCACGAACCAUUUGUUCCAAUCGGUCAUGCUUACAUGACCAAUAAUCAAGAAUUUUUAAAUAAAAUUCCACUACCAAAACCUACUGAUCCAAUCACUUUUGUGCAUCAUUUUUCGCCUACUCUUAAUGAAAUUCUUGCCCCUCAUUAUUAUAAUGAUUAUAAAACACACAUUUUAAGAGUUUUUGUGAAAGAUCUUGCAACCAUCUUUUUACACGCAUCAGAAGGCAAUCCGUUACAAUCAAAGGAAAUUCUCUCAAAAUUUAAACAUACAUUCUUAAUUAGAAACCCAGAAAAAUCAGUAAAAUCUUAUUAUAAAGCUGCAAUUGCCACAUAUAAAGUUUGGGAUGAGGCUGGUGUGCCUAAUUUUGAAAGAGUCAAACUUUUUUCCUCUAACAAAAUUGGGCUCAAAGAAUCGCGGAUUCUUUAUGAUUUGAUUAAGAAUGUAACUGAAGAAGAGAUUGCAUUGGUAGAUGCUGAUGAUUUAAUUCGAGAACCAAAAAAAAUCUUGAAAAAAUAUUGUGAAAUGAUCGAUGUAAAAUUUACGAAAGAAAUGCUUGAAUGGAAAUCAGAAAGAGUAGAAAUAUGGGAUUCAAAAAUGUCAGGCUUAUAUUACGUUCAAGAUUUAAAUUAUUUGUGGCAUAAGAACGCAAUGCAAAGCACAGGAUUCGAUAAAACAAUUAAUAAUGAAGAAGAAAUUGAAUAUCCUCAAUAUGUUUACGAUAUAAUUGACGAAAACAAACCUCACUACGAAUACUUGUUUCAAUAUAGAAUUAAAAUUUAG